AUGACGUCCGAGGGUGGUCCACAAGUCAUUGUAACUGAUAGGGAUCUUGCUCUAAUGAAUGUUGUUGGCAUGGUGUUCCCUCAGUGUUAUCAUCUUCUAUGUCGUUUCCACAUUCAAAAAAAUGUGCAGGCAAAGUGCAAAAUGUUAGUAAAUUCUGUUGAUGCAUGGGAUGUUGUAUUGCAAGCCUGGGAGAAUGUCAUGGACUGUGAAGAUGAAUUAAAGUUCAACGAGUGUGUUCAUCGUCUUGAGCUUGUUUGCCAGCCAUGGCCUGUAUUCUUUGAAUAUGUUAACGACUCGUGGAUCAUUCCUUAUAAGAAAUUCUUUGUGAAGGCAUGGACGAACAAAGUUAUGCAUUUGGGGAAUACAACAUCAAACAGGGUUGAGUCUGCUCACUGGAGUCUGAAGAAAGUUCUUGGAAGUAGUAUGGGAGACCUUUGUUCGUGUUGGGAUGGAAUUCACAACGUUAUUAUCUUGCAACACAACGAAAUUAAGGCGUCUUUUGAAAGAAUGGGAAAUAUUUCUAGAUGUGCCUUAGAACUCCUUGCUCCAGAGUUGGAAAGAGUAAAGAAGAUUGGAUUCGAUAGUAGUCGUUGUGGCUGCAUUCUCAGACAAACUUAUGGUCUACCAUGUGCGUGUGAAUUAGCACGAUAUGAUCCUGGGAUUAUUCCUCUCCAAGAAAUUCAUGUCAUGUGGACUAGGUUGAGCUUCUCCAAUGUCUCGUCUUCACAAUCUGAAGGGCAAUUAUCUAUUCAGAGGGAGGUUGAUCUACUGCUUAAUCUUUUCAAAGAAGUUGAUAUUGCAGGAAAAGUGACCAUAAAACAUAAAUUACUUGACAUAGUUAGCCCUUCCAUGACAUCGAUGUUACCACCACCGAGUAAAGUUAAGACGAAAGGUGCAGCUAAGAGUCAUAGAUCAAAGAAGUCAACCAAACGUGAUCCCUCCUAUUUUGAGCAUGUGGACGCCUUCAUUGAGUCCUCAAGACAAGACACAUGUGUUGCAAAAACAGAAAACAAGGUGAAGAGCAAACGUGUAAUUGAAGAGAAAGUAAUACCCAUGCUAGAACAGUUCAAUCCUGUUUUUCAUCCUUAUAUACUCGAUGUUGUCGAUGUUGUGGCGGACGGUCAUUGUGGAUAUAGAUGCAUUGCUGCAUUGUUGGGUAUGGGUGAGGAGUCGUGGCCUCUAAUCAGACAUGAUCUAUACAAAGAACUUAGUCAAUGGCGAGAUGAAUAUGCAACGUUAGUUGGAGGCUAUGAUCGUCUGGAAGAACUGAGAAAGUCUUUGCUAGUUCAAUCACCAUCAGGGGCUAAUCGAGACAAGUGGAUGACUAUACCAGACAUGGGGUAUGCGAUUGCUAAUCGGUAUAAUGUAAUCCUCGUGUGCUUGUCAUCAGUUCAGAAUUUGACUAUAUUCCCACUUCGUACAUCCCCACCUAUUUCGCAAAGUCAACAUCGACUAAUUUGUAUCGGACAUGUUUACAAUUCUCAUUUUGUGCAGGUUCGUCUACAAGAAGGCUGUCCAUUACCGACAGUGGAUAUCAUAUCAUCUAGCAAUUGUUACCCAAAGGCAAAAGGGUGGGCAUCAUUUUAUAGAGAUAGGAUGCAAGCAUUCCUAGAUUUACACAUAGUGGAUCGUAGUUAUGUAGAUCUCAUGGAAGACUGA